AGCGCCACCCAGUGAAUGACAACGUUUUGUGUGGGAGCUUAGCCAAAUGUCAAUGUUUUUAAAAAGUAAAGCAGCGUGAGAUGUUGGACACAAACCGCUUGAAUGAAACGUUUAAGUGUAUAGAAAACAAGAACAGGCUCAGUGCACAGCACUGGCGGACCUUUCAAAUAUGACAUUAUGUUUGAGGACUUAAACUGUCCAGGUGUGAGAGGACAUGUCCAGCAGGUGUCACCCCACAUCUGGGGUGCGGAUGGAGCAGAGUGCCUUUACACAGUAGGACUGUGGAUCCAGGAGUUGACACUUCAGCGCCACUCUGAGCGCAUACACGACGGAAAACUCUACGAUUCGUCGCGCGUUUGGUGUCAUUGCUACAUUCACGGUUUUACUGUUUGCUCCUUUGCGCCCCCUAAAGCGCCCUCUGCCAUGGAGCUUUCCUCGCCUAACUCCAUGAAGCUAAAAUACAUCUCACUGGGAGUACUGGUGCUGCAAACCUCCUCCCUGGUCCUCACUAUGCGCUUCUCCCGAACACUCAAAGAGGAGGGCCCCAGAUACCUGCCAUCUUCAGCUGUGGUGUCCGCCGAAGUUCUCAAAAUCUCUGUGUGCACACUCAUUGUCUUUGUGCAAAACAAUUUGAGUGUACGAGCACUGAACCAACAUCUGAAGGAGGAGAUUGUGAACAAAUCAGCAGACACACUGAAAUUGGCUGUUCCUGCUGCGAUCUACACACUGCAGAACAAUCUUCUUUAUGUGGCUCUGUCUAACCUGGAUGCAGCCACCUAUCAGGUCACAUACCAGUUAAAGAUCCUCACCACAGCGCUCUUCUCCGUCUCAAUGUUGGGAAAGAAGUUGGGUUUCUACCAGUGGCUGUCACUGCUUAUCCUAAUGACUGGAGUCACUUUGGUACAGUGGCCCACAGAGUCUACGGGGGACUCAGAACAGAAGGUGCUGUCUGCCAGUUCACGGUUUGUGGGGCUGAUGGCUGUGCUAAUGGCCUGCAUAUCCAGUGGAUUUGCAGGAGUUUACUUUGAGAAGAUCCUCAAAGAGACCAAACAGAGCAUCUGGCUUAGAAACAUACAACUGGGUUUCUUUAGCUUUCUCCUGGGCUUUGUAGGGAUGCUGGUAGUUGAUGGAGGGAGUGUGAGAAGGGCUGGCAUGUUUCAGGGCUACAGCGUCGUCACCUGUGUGGUCGUGAUGUUACAGGCUUUUGGGGGCUUGGUUGUAGCAGUGGUCAUCAAAUAUGCAGACAACAUCCUGAAAGGUUUUGCAACUUCUGUGUCUAUCAUUGUGUCAACCCUAAUUUCAUACUUCAUACUAGCGGACUUCAAUCCAACAAUUGUAUUCUUCACUGGGACAGUGCUGGUCAUUGCAUCCACAUUUCUCUACAGUUAUGAGGUCAAAAUACCUUCGACUAGUGCAAUUACAGUAUGACAGAAAGUAUGAAGUUGCAAAUGUGCAACAAACAUAGCCUAUUGUUACAACUGUUGAGUUGCUGUUUCACAAGGGAUAUGGGUAAAUUUUUUUUUUUUAUUAUUAUUGCAAUUAAAAUUGUGUUAACUUUAUUUUUCACUGGAAGUCUUUAAACUAUGUGUUAGUUACUUAGGUUCCUGUCAAUACACAACAAUUUUGGAAAUAGUGAAAAGAAUAUGUAAUAUUCUAUAAUUGUCAAAUUCACAACAUGUGGAUGUAUGUACUAUACGUACAGAAUUUAUAUAUGAUGUGUUCUUGUAAUUCUAUUUAUUUAUACAAGAAAAAUCAACCUGCAUUUGAACUGUAUGAUCAGUGGAUAUAAGAGGGUAAUCUAUUUAUUUUGUAUUAUUUAAGGGCUUUUAUUUUACAUAUUUUAUGUCAUUAAGGGAAUUACUUUACCUGUGUCUGCCUGUGCCUAUGAUAUGGGAUCAGACAGGAUGACAGUUUUAACCUUUUUGCUCACAGUGUGAGUAUUUGAAUCGUACGUUCUUCUUUUUAAAUG